UAGAAUUGCCUUACCAGCUCGAACCGUUUAGAAAGAAAUCAAAUAACGCGUGUUACUAACGAGGAAUCGGGAAUAUAUAAUAUAAGCUCACAGGAUUUAAAAAUUAUAGCCUACAUUUGUUAAUACAGGAAGGACCUAAUAUCGACAGCAUGAAAUUAGAAACGAAAAUGGAGCCACCGCAAUAUUUAAAUGAGCAAUUUUUCAAAACCGCCUUAGAGGAUGGUCUGCGCGAUAUGCGUGUCGAUAUAAAGAAAAUCAUAUUCGCCGAAUCGAAUGGAGGCGGUGAGAAUUAUUGCAGUAAAAUAUAUCGUGCCAAGGCUUUGUACAGGAGCAGCAAGCGACAGUUGGAUGAGGAGUUGGCGUUGAUUGUGAAGAGUAUUGCCAUAACACCGGCCACACAGUUUCUGGAGGAGUUAGCGGUUUAUUUGCGUGAGAAAAUUUUCUAUUUCGAUGUGCUCGGUCGUUUGGAGGUGUUGAUUGGCGAUGGUGCAAAAUUCGGGCCCAGAUGUUUCUACACCACUCGAGAACCCAUUCAGACAAUAGUCUUCGACGACCUCACCCAGUAUGGCUAUAAAUUGGCUAGUCGCCAAAAUGGACUGGACGAGGAACACUGCUUGGUUAUAUUGCAAAAAUUGGGCAAAUUUCAUGCAACUUCUAUGGUGUUAAUGGAAAAGGAUCCCAGCGUUCGCGAACACUUCACCAGCGGCAUGCUGGACGAACACUAUAUACGAACCAAUGAGCGUUUCAUUGAUUUCAUGUCACUUCAAUUGCGCACACUCGCCGAUGUAGUGUCCAAGUGGCCAGGGUAUGAGGCGAUUGCUGUGAAAUUACAUCGUCACUGCGAUAAUAUUAAAGAGAACCUCGUGUUAACUGGACAACCGAGACCUGGGGAAAUAACUGUGCUAAAUCAUGGUGACUUAUGGGUGAACAAUUUCAUGUACAAAUAUGAUGAGCAGCAAUCAACAAAGCCCAUAGAUGCAAUAUUCCUCGAUUUUCAGAACAGCUUUUUCGGUAGCCCCGGCUGCGAUAUUAACUUCUUUCUGAACAGCAGCGUACAGUUGGAUGUGUUGGUUAAUCGUCGCGAUUUCCUCGUGCGUACUUACUAUGAAGCGUUGAGAGACUCACUCGAACGCAUGCAUUACGAACACAUACCGACGCUGCACGACAUCGAAAUGGAGAUCCGCGCACGUGAAUUGUACGGCUUUUUCUCGUCGUAUGCCUUCCUGCCAAUGGUGGCAAUGCGCAAAGAGGACUCUUUCGAUAACAGUAUCGAAGCGAUGACUAAUCAGGAAUUCGCGCGCAAAAAAGUACAACUGAUGUUCUCCUCAAAUCCAAGAACCACGGAUACAUUACGCUAUGCAGUCAAACGUUUCGAUGAGUUGAGUAUAUUCGAUUGAGGCGGGAUUGUUUAUCUAAUAUAAUAGUAUAUAGCAUGAGGGCGUGGCAAAGCUCUUGAUUUCAUUUCAUAAUUGGGUUGUUUUCAUUAGUUACAUUAAUUAUCUGUAUUGUUAAGUUGUAGUUGUAGCAAUAUUUAAUAAUUUUAAGCGGAAAUAUAUUUUACAAUAGA